GGAGUGUCUUUACCGCAACAAGACCAGGAAGCAGGGCUCUUACCCAUAGACAUAUAUAUAGACAUAUAUAUUCAUCUAUAGACAUAUAUAUGUCUAUGCUCCUUACCUGUCAAAUUGCAUAGGUUUCUCACGGAUUUAAAGCUGGCCACCUGGUUUGAAGAAGUUGGGCUAUUCUAUUCUUCUGAACAAUGGCUGUUUUCACGAACUGCGUCGUGGUUUUGGAACUGAAGAAUUUGCCUUUCAAGGAGAAGCAGAAAGUCCGUUUGGCCGUUACAGACAACGGGGGCAGCCUGUCCUAUGUGGUCAACAAGCAGUGUAGUUUCAUAGUGGUGAGCAGCCUGGGGAAUCUGAGCAGCAACCGGCAGCAGAGUGCUCAGAAGCACCAGGUCCCUGUGGUGGGCCUGGGGUACGUGCAGGCCUGCCUGGAGAAGAAGGCCCUCCUACCUGCAUUAGAGCAUGUCCUGGUCUCAGUGACCCCCACACCCUACCCAGCACCCUCCAUCCAACCAGUGAGACAGCUGACAUCUCAGGAGAAGUUCAAAGUUCAAGAUCCAACCAAGAGUGAAAGAGUGCAAAAUCAGGUCAAGAAUGACUCCAACUAUGUCUACAACCAUCGGAUCUACACUGAACAUGACAAAGGCCUCCCCACGUAUCCCUCACACUUCCAGGUGGCCAAGUACUCCGUUUAUGCUUUGCCUACGGAUGUGCCCAGCAGUUGGUGUGUGCUGGAGCUACAGAGUGCUAGAGGGGAGGAAGGCCAGGUGUUCCGGAUUGUGCGCUCCAUGAAACAGAGGACAUUGGUGCGAGACCAGCUGGUGUUCUGCUGCUGCUCUGAGGAUGCCCUGGAGGUGUACCAGCAGUUGCAGGACCGGCUCAGAGCCGCCCACUUCGAGCUGAAGAAGGGCCCGCCCCCCCAGCAUGAGUGCCUGGGCUCUCUCAGCCUGAAGCAGCUGCUGCUGGAGGAGGAGCUGAACUGUAGCACGCUGUCACAGGAAGUGGGCGUGUUUGUGGAGCUGGUGUGGACCGAAGCGCUGGGGAGCCUGGCCAACGUCCUCAGAGUGCCAGCCCUGAGCAUCAGCCCCAAUGAUGUGAGCCGGGCGGAGGGUUUGCUCCUGCAGGUGCGGAGGACGGAGGGGGAGGCAGAGAGGAAGGCCCUGCUGGAGGAGGUGCGCUCUGUGCUGCCCCACACCCUGCCUGAUACCCUCCCUACUGCCAAACUCAUCUCACAGACACUGGACCUGUGUCAGGUGCUGAGGGACACGCUGGCUGUGCAUGAAGCCGUGAUGAGGAGCUCCAGCCCCUCCAGCCUGGGGAAGUACAGAGCCCUGGGCUGCAGCAUCCAGAGCCUCCUCCCACAGAGCCCAGACUACCAGACAGUCACACAGCUGCUGCAGCAGAAGGACCAGCACAGAGAGAUUAAGAUUCACCAUGUGUUCCAAGUGAGGCGUGGGGCGGAGCUUCAGAUGUUCAGGGAGGAGCUUGGUAACAUUAAGCCCCUCCUACACUCUACAAGUCCGGCCAGCUUUGUUGGAAUCCUCUCUCGAGGUCUUCUGCUGCCCCGGGUUGGUGUGGAGUGUCAUGGAGUGGAGCGCACAGAUGUGGGAUUCCUCGGAGGCGGCAUCUACUUCAGCGACUCCUUCAGCACCAGCGUGAAGUACUCCAGGCCCGGCGAGACGGACGGCUCGCGCCUGCUGCUGGUGUGUGAGGUGGCCCUGGGACGCUGCCGAGAGCUCCAGAAGAGGGACCCCACCCUGACCUGCGCCCCCGAGGGCUACGACAGCGUGCACGGGGCCCGCAGCACCCCCAGACAGCACUCUGAGUUUGAGGACGAUGAGUAUGUGGUGUACAGCCCUGAGCAGGUAAGGCUGCAGUAUGUGGUCCAGUACACCCUGCCAGACGACCAGGUCAAGGACUUCCAGCCGUCUGUGGACACCUCUGUGGAAAACAUCCCCCAAGCAGGGACCUCUGACAUCUUGGCCAGUGAAGACAGUGGGGGGUUCGGGGACGUCAAGAACCCCCUGGACAGCGUGACCGCUGGUCUCCUGGACAGCGCUGGCCAGACGCUCCCCCUGGAAGCCGUCCAUGUGAAGUGCAAGCUGGUGGACCUGCUAUCUCAGGUCAUCAUCUUCCAGACGUACUCCAACCCCAAACAACCCGUUCCCAUCGAAGGCCAAGUAUGUGUUCCCUUGGAGGAGCUGCAGGCUGUGACAAAUAAUGUUGUUGGAAAAAAACAAGUACCUUGUGCGUUACAGCAUUGCCACACAGAGGGCACUUAUCUCCCAGUGUUGCUGAUAUGGUUACGGUGGCAUCUCCGUUCCUCGGGUUCACCCGUGUGUUGUGCUGUGUGUGUCCCUCAGGUGAAGGAGAAGGAGCAGGCCCGUAAAGAGUACAAACAGGCCAUAGCGAAGGGCCACGGGGCUUACCUGAUGGACCAGGACGCACCUGACGUGUUCACCAUCAGCGUGGGGAACCUUCCUCCCGGCGCCACCGUCCUCAUCAAGGUCACCUUCAUCUCCGAGCUGAUGGUGAAGCCCGACUCCAUCUUCUUCCAGUUGCCUGGUAGCGUGGCGCCCUGGCAACAGAGUUCUGCACUCAAUGAGAGGACACAGGAUACAGUGGAGAAGGUGUGUGUGAGUGAACUCAAUGGGGAGUUUACCCUCAGUUUGUCCAUUGAGAUGCCUUAUGAGAUCACCAGUCUGCGCUGUGAUACUCACCGCAUUCAGACCAAGAGGACGGACUGCAAGGCGGUGGUUGGCACGUUGCCGGGGGAGACGCUGGGAUCGGACGGGUUCCACCUCUACAAUCACCACUACGCCCAGAGGGCGGGUGAGGAGCCCAGCCCUGGCCUGGCUGCCGGGUGGAGGAGUGUGCUCCUGCUGGACUCCUCCGAGUCGAUGCGGGGGGCCCUGCUGAAUGCCCGCCAGAUCGCCCUGCAGCUCCUCAGCAAACUGGACAAAAAAUCAAGAUCACAUUAUGUUAUUUGUACAGGGAUCUCCUUACCAGUGGGGGGCAGCACUGAGCUGUGGAGGCCCCUGCGCAGCCUCAGUCUGCUGCCACCCUCCCGAGGCACCAGGAGCCUGGUGCUGCUGUCUGACGGCCACGUGCACAACCCCGCCCUCACCCUGGAGCUGGCCCGCAGCAACGCCGCCCACACGCGCCUCUUCAUCUGUGGCCUCAGCUCGGUGGCGGUGAAGUGGCAGCUGUUCAACCCAACAGCGCCCCCCUCCUGUUCAGGCCCUGCGCAGCUCCAACGCCUCUUCAGCAACUGCAACACCUUGGUCUACGGCUUCGUACCCCACUGCACACAGGCUGCUCUCUAUGGAGACCUGUGUGGGAAAGAGAUUAAGACCAUGGUGUCCACCACAGAACUGCAGAAGAGUAAGGGCACGCUCCUUCACAAGCUCACAGCAAGAGCAGUUAUUAGAGAUUAUGAGGAUGGUAUUCUUCACAUGGAUGAAGCUGAACACGAGGGAAAGAAAGCCCAGAUGAAGUCCUUCAUCGUUGAGCUCAGCAAAGAGUUCUCCAUCCUCUCCCAGUUCACCAGCUUUGUGGCCAUUGAGGAGAGGGAUGCCACGAAGCCUGAUGAGGGGUUCACAGACAUCCCCAAACUGAUUGCAGAAGAGGAUGUUGACCUGUUACCUUAUAUGGGCUGGGAAGAUGAAGAGGAGAGAGGGGAGGAGUACGAAGAGACAUACGAGUUGUGUUCUGACAUGCAUGUGAAGAUGGAGGAGGAAGAUACAUACGAGUUGCGUGGUCGCAGACUGCUAUGUGAAGUGACGGAGGAAGAUGUAUUGGCCUUGGAUGAAUGUAACUACCGUUCUAUGGCCCUUCUAAGGUGUUUGACGGAUGACUCCCUUGUGGAUUCUAUCUUUGGGUUCCUAGGUGCCCCCUGCGUAGAAAGUGAAGAAGUGUAUGAUGACUUUUCUUCAAUGUUCGUUCCGGAAGACCCAAGUCUUGAGAGGUGUGCUCCUCUCCUCGAGGAGUCCUCCGUCUGGAAGAUGGCAGGAAAAUCAUUAGUACUGGGGCAUGGAAGUCCUGUAGCAAAUUCAGUCAGUGGUGCCGCCUCUACUCUUACCCCUGCUCCUACUGUUACCCGUGCUCCUACUCUUGUCCCUGUCUGUGCCCCUUUCCCUCCCCUCGCCAUUGCCCAUGCCUCUCCCUAUACUCUCCCUAUCAUUGGUUCUGCCCGUGCUUCUCCUGGCCGUGCUCCUGCCUCUGAUUCUGCUCCUGCCGGUGCUCCUGCUGCUCCUCCUCCUCCGUCUGCAACAUUUUCUGGUCCUACCCCAGACCCUCCCCCUCCUGGCGUGUUUCGUUCUCGGCGCUCUAGUGGUAUCGGUUUUGGAGGUGCAGCUCCUUCUCCUGCUCCUGGUCCCCGAAAGUUACAAGGAGGGUUCAAGAAAGGCUUUACUGCCCGUGCUCCUACUCUUGCCCAUGCCCCUGACCUUGGUCUUGCUCAAUCCAGUGCUCUUGCCCAUGCUACCGGUGCUUUUGGCCAUGCUUCUGCUCCUGCUCCUGCUCCUGCUCCUGCUCCUGCUCCUGCUCCUGCUCCGAUCUUCUCCGGUCCUACCCCAGCCCCUCCCCCUCCUGUCUUGUUUGGUGCUCAGCGCUUUGAUAGUUUCAGUUUUGAAGGUGGAGCUACUUUUUCUUCUCCUGCCCAGUCUUUUCGCAUGCAGCAGCAAGGCACACUCCACUCCUCUCAGCAGCAUGGACCUUAUCGGGCUUUUUCAAGCUCCUCCAUGCCUCCUCCUCCUCUUCCUCCUCCUCAAUCCUCUCUGUACCUCUCUGCUGCUCCUCCUCCUCCUCAAACCUCUCAGCAACUCUCUGCUCUUGCUUUGGGCUCCCCCUGGCUGCCAGAAAAGUCUUUUUUGGACUGUCUCUCCGCUCCGUCAGAUAUCUCAGAUAUCAUCUGUGCUCCUUCUCCUCCUCCCGUUGUCUAUGGGGCUGCUACUCGUGCUGUUGCACGGAGAUCCGGUGAAAUGUCCAAAUGUCGGUCAACCUUCUCCAGGCAUGCUGCCCCUUCUCCUCCUCCUUCUCCUCCUCCCGUUGCCUAUCGGGCAGCACGGAGAUUGGUGGGCCGGUCCAUGUCAGUAGACGCCGCAGGUCGUGACGGCUAUCCCACUCCUGACCCACCUCCCAGCAUGAGUCAUCCUGUCAUCGAUCGUGAGACGAAAGCGAAGAAAAGCGUGACGGAUAUUUCACCUAAUCGGAUGCCGCUUUCAAUCUCUGAGCCACGAUUUAUGAAAAUGGGGAUGCCACGGAAGGGCGACGGCUUCAUGGGCAGAGCAUCAUGGGAGAGACUGGCAUGUCUUCAGAGCCCAGAGGGAUACUGGGAAUGCACUGAGGCAGUGGGAUAUCUCCUCGGUGUGGAUUUGAACUUCUUUGGCGGAGUUUUCCUGAAAGAAAAGGGCAUCGCGUCUCUGGGACCCAAAGCGCACGCUGACAUCCUGAGGCUGGUGUCCACCCUGCUGAUCCUGCAGCUGGUGCGAGUGAAGAAGCUGGUCAAGGGAGAGCUGCUGCAGUCACUGUUCCGCCUCAGAGAACCUCCUCAAUACAGCUGUCCAGAGUGGGCGGCCCUGAAGAGAGCAGUGGACUGGGUGUGCUGGGCAGACAGGCAGUACCCGUGUGUGUGCAGCCGGCUGGAGUUCGGCCGCGACUGGGAGUCGUCCACCCGACAACUCCUGGGCUUUGACCGCCCGCACCCCCUCUCCCCCCUGACCCCCCUGCUGGAGAGGAACCGGCUCAUACUGGCCUGCUAGACACAGACCCCCCCUCCCCGCCCUGCCCCACCUCUCAUACUGGCCUGCUAGACACAGACCCCACCCUGCCUCUCAUACUGGCCUUCUAGACACAGACCCCACCCUGCCUCUCAUACUGGCCUGCUGUCUUUUUGAGUUUACUUGAAACUUUUCUGAAUCUUGAAGAUAAUGCCUUAAAAUUGCUUAGAAAAAUAGAUUUCUAUUUCUUAAAGGUGGAGAGGCAGAAAUGCAUGUUUAUUAAAGCAAAUGCAGCACUAUACCGUGUGAAUCCAUGCAAGCCUCAUCUUGAUCGCAUUUGUAUUCAAUUCUUAGCCGACAGUUUUAUCCAAACCACGAUACAGUGAUUAUAUUCUACCUUGUUGGAAGUAGCUUUACCGCUUAUAAGUCUGAAUAAAAGCAUAACAAAGGUU